CUCUCGCCCAAGAUGAAGAAAGGGUUCCGACUCCUGUACCAAAGCGGCUGCGAUUGUCCGAUCAUGUCCUGUCACUUUUGGCAGUCGUGUCCCAAAGCCAGUUUCUUCUGUGCAUGGGAAACGUCAACCGAGAUGGAUGACUGCCAAGGACGGCAUGCUGUGUGCCUCCGAGGACCCGACGGCACCUGCGGCUGGCUCGGAGGACGACUCUAUCGCACGUGUAUGAAGGCCCGCGGCAACAGACCCGACGGCGCUAACAGCACGGUCAUCUACAACAACAACAGCGACCAGGAGAACAACGACCACGACAACAGGAUCAACGCCGAGAACGACAGCCUCCCCCCUCGUCGCGGCAAGCUGUCGAGAUUCGGCUACAAGAGGGCCGGGGGACGAGCAGCAGGAGUGGGUGCCGGAGGAGCAGGAGGAGGACCUGCCUUCCGACGUCGGAGGCCCCUGAGGCGGCGUCCCCAGAGGCCCCACCAAGCCAUCGCAAGAAUUGGCUACGGGAUUAAACAUGCUUGAAGCCUCCUGCUGUCUCUUAGAAACUGCUUUCUCGCCUUCUAGAUAGAUAGAUCUGAUGUGCUUAUUUAAACAUAAAAAAGAUAAUGUGAAUGAUUCGAAAGCCGUUUUGCUUAUGUUAAAGUUCAAAACGGCACAUAUCUUAGACAGUUAAUACUCUUGAAUCAGCCAUAUCAAGAAGUUAACAUGCAAUGCCAACAAAGGUAAUAUCAAAGCUUUACUAAAUGAUACUACUGCAUGACACUCUUCAUAUUGUAAAUGUUACUUUUGAGAUGAUUUCAUAGUGUAUCUGAAAUAAAAUUUAUAUUUUGGUAUUAGCUUUUUAUGUUUAUGGUGAAGGUAUAUGAUUAUAUAUAGCUGGAAUGAAUCUAGUCUGUUGAUAAUGUAAGUAACUACAUCAAAGGUAGGUAGUAGCUGACCUUGGUGCAUUUUUAUUGCAUUUAAAUGUUGUUACUGAUCUGUCUACAUAAUAAAUAUUAAUAUGGGAAUGUUUAGGAUAUUGUACAAUAAGUUUGUAGUUGAUGUAAAUUAUAGGAAGAGGCACAGGCUGCAGUUGUUUUUUAUCGUAAUGGUCAAAUGCAUUGGUCUUAAAAUCAUUACUGUUGAAUUUAUUGCACAGAGCAAAGGCAAUAAAAAGAAUUUGGCAUACAAAAUAUUUAAUGAACUAAUAUGUACUUGAGAUAUUUUACUUUGGCUUUAUUUCUUCUUUUGAUGAAAAUAAGUCAUUGUAUAUGUCUCAGUGCAUUAGAUAUUUAACUGUUUUUUUCUCAGUAUAGACAACAUUAAUAAGUGUACAUAUUGUUAUACUUUAGGGAAAGGCAUUAAAUUACUUACACUUCUCUAAUUUCCUGCGGCAUAGACAGUUUUGUCUAAAUGUGAAAAUUUAGUAAUCAUGAUUUUAACCCACACUAGCCAAUGUUUGUUGUAAAGUUGUUGUAAGUUGUGCCCACAUUAUUAUCAUGUAAUAUAGCAUAUACCUUGGAGGUUAAUGAUAUGAAGUUGGAGACAAAUAUAUAUUCAAUCUGGAUAUUUUUUCUGCAAACAACCAAGUGAUCUAAUAAUGAUUAUAUUCUUACUUGAAUUAAAAAUCAUGAAUGAAUAAGAAUUACCUAUCUCUAUCAGUUUCUUUUCUGUCAAGUGUUAUAUUGAAAUUUCUUGCAAUCCCUUACAUUGUGACUCUAAUCAGAAGUAUCUGAAAUGUGGUUUUGUGUCCACAAUACUCAUUCGCCCCACUUUGUGUUCACUGUAAUAUCAUACAAUAAAUUUGUGUUCACUGUAUAAUAAUGUUUGUCAGCAUACACUGUGAUAUCAUAUUAUAUCACUUUGUUCGGUAUAUGAUCUCAUAGAAGGCUUUGUGUUCAAUAUAUGGUAUAACUUGUGUAUGCAUUAUAUUUCUCUUUCUUGCAUAUUAAGAAAAUGAAUAUAGAUUUAUGGUUACUGCAUAGUAUGUUUUCUUUGAAGUAUGAUGAUUUUGCAUUCACUGUAAGACAUUCAUAUUCACAGCAGGAUAUUAUCAAUGUCAUUAUAUUCAUUAUAUGGUGUCACUUCCACAAAUUGUAUACUCUGAUUUUGCUCACAUGUACAAAAGGGAGCUUGUAUUAAUUGUUCUACUCUUCUAUUUCAUAUUUCUUUUUCAAAGUUGAGUAAGGUUUGUAUAAGAGAAUGUUAGAAAGUUGUUACCAUAAUCUCCUUAUUUUCUUUCUUUUUGUUAGGCAAAAAAAAAAUUGUCUCAGGUUGUUUUUUAAAUUCUGUUCCAAUAGACAGGCAAUUCUUAAACUGUAUGAUUUUACUUCAGGUUAUGACUAAAAGUACUAAAAUGAACAAAAUUUCCUUGCCUUACAUAUAGAGUAAUAUUUAUUGUCUAAUGUUCCUUUGAUGUAAUGGGAUCAUACAUAACAGUAUCAUAAAAUUUUUCUGAACUGGAUUUAUUAUACUUUAUUCAUAUAUUCUUUUGAUAUGUAUGAAUUCAUAAUUAGAGUAUGUUAUAAUCCCAAUUACAAGUGUCAAAAAGAUUUUACAUUUUUACAUUAUUUCAUGCUUAUUAACCAAAGAUUCUUUUGGUGACGGUUCAGAAAUUGUCUUCAAUCUUAUAUUCAUGAAUGAAUGAAUUUGGCUUUUUUAUAUAUUGUUUAUUAUUUGGAUGUUUUAUGUUUAUGAGGCAGAUCCAUAGCAGACAAACAAAAAAAAAUAGAGCAUUCAGAAUACCUGAAUUAAGGUGUUUUAAAUCCCAAGUUCCUAUUUUUUAUUGUCAAAGUUAUUUGUUUGUGUAAAGGUUGUUGAAAUAUAUUAUGUGCAAAACCUUGUAAGCAAAUAUGAAUAAUUUUCACGAGGCCAGGAUAAAUAACAUUCUACAUAGCAUCAGUAUACACUUGAAAAUAAAAAACAUUCUUUUUUUAAUUGUAAAACCAAGUGCAUCCAUAAAUGCUGAGUAGUGAAUAUUAGCCUUAUCCAUCCUAUCCUAAACAUCCAUACAUUGUACUUACAGGGAUAUUUCAUGUGGUUAGUGUGAUUCAUAACACAUUUUGGUUAUAUUCUGUGAGCAGGCACUCAUUCUGAAGACAAUACAGUCCCUGAAGUGAAGUCUUGCACAAGGAUUUAUUUCAGUAGUAAACGACAUUGAAACUUUGUGAAUUCAGACUUCAUUUCAGUUUAGUUCCCUUGGCCUGUGUCCAAUUCAGCACAUCAGUCUGAAAUGGUUAUAGAUUGUUUUAUAUCUGCAUUUAGAUUUCAUGUGGAUCUGCCUUUUGCUUAUAAAGGUUUAUAAUGUGUACAAAUUAUGAAAUUGCUUCAGUACACCAGUCUGAAUUCUGGUGCUGAUAACUGGUCAGAGUGUGUGUAAUGCAUAUGUUUUAUUUUAAUAUCAGAAUUUUUAUGCAUAUUCUAUGUUCAGAAACUACAAUGCUAAAGAUUAUUUUUAAGAAGGCAAGAAUCAUGUCAGAUUUUGAAAGAAAACUUUUAUAUAUAAAUGGAUUUUUUAUGACAAAUAUCUUCAGUUCAAUGAGUCAGACUGAAAUGCACAAUAUCACUAAUAAUUUACUGUUAAUAAAGUAUAAUUUGAAUCAAUUGUGAAUAAAAAUAGUAUGAAUUUGUAACAGAUAACUUUUUUCUUCAUUUUUGUUACACAGCAUUUUCAGAUAUGGUAAGUAAGAUUUAUGGUUAAAAUACUGUUGGCUCUAAACUUUGGAAUUGUUUAUUUAUUUAGAUAAAUGUGAGAAAAGUAAUUGUUGUAAUGCUGUUCAUCAUAAAAUAAAGGUAUCUGACCUCU